AUGGCUAGCCUAGCUUGCCAUGACCACAAAGCAAAUCAGGAUAUCUCAGACAAGACCGUCGAAGAGCAUCGUGACGCAGAAGGAGCCGAACAACGAUCACUACGAUUCGCAAACACGACGCUCGAUGGAUGCGUCGAAAUCAGACCCGCUGCCAGCCCUGCACAUAGCCGAGCAACUUCUGAAGACAUCCCUGUUUCUCGCCGCGAUGUUCCGGUCUUGGGAGAGAUACACAGCGAUGCCUUCCCGACCAGUCCAUCCCAACGACACAUACCGGGACUUCUAUCAAGUGCCCGAGCUCGUCGUCAUGUACGCAGCCGCGAGACAUCCAUCCCGGAAGAUCCAGUCGAGCUUCAGCACUUUAUACAGGACCGCCAUGUCUCGCGUAUACCAUCCCACACCUUCCUCGUACCUGACCUACCACCUCCAGUGCCGGAGCUUGUGCUGCCAGAUGGCGCGGACGAAAGCCGAAGCAUCAUCAAUCCGUUCUUGGAUCCAGGAGCUCCUGUCUUCGUCCCACGAACACGCUUUGGCACUGUGACGGGAUCUGCGAAUGAGAGCUCUUUCGGUGUCGGCUUGGAAUCCCGGUGGAGCAGCCUCGAUAGCACUCACAGCUCAUCAAACCUGCGACUGCGGUCGUCAUCAGAACAAAAUGUCGAUUCUGCAAUACGGCAUAGACAACAAGCACACACUCAGCGUGGAGAGACAAUCCAGCCACGGAAUCGAAGACGUAGCCGAGUGAGCGAUCAGAACGAACCUCUACCGGUACUUGAUCGCUAUCCCCUGCUCAGACCAAGUACACGCUCACCUAUUGCAAGACGCAGCAGCGUGGCCCAUCGGCCUGCUCGCUUUCUAGGCAGGCGACCUUCAAGAAGUUCUUUCGUGAGCUCGCAUGCAUUGCCGACAAUUCAUACGUCGUCCUCGAUUAUCGAUCAUCAGGCUACACUGGACAAUGAACAUGAUGGUAGAGACUUCUUACAGUCGAGCGUGGAAGACGUCCUGCCAAGCGGAUCCCGGACAUUGCCUCGCAUCUCAACCCAGCCUCACAUCACCAGCCGUAGCAGUUCCCUAAGCUGGCGGGACCAUAUCACACCAUCUCAACGUAUGCCAAGCAUCACAAGCGCUGCCAGCGGCAUCAGCAGAGUGCUGUCAAGUAGCGACUUCUCCGGCCAUGGAAUAAAUGCGGCGGACGAAUUCUUGCUGAUGCGCAACUCGCCGCUGGAUGAGUUGACUGAGCGUCUGAGUAGACUGUCCGGCAACCGUCCUAGAUCAGUCGGUCGCUCGUGGGAGAGGACACCUAGCCAGCGGUCACGACCAUCGCUAUUGCAUGGCAAUCCUUUCCGACAAGACUCUCCACCAGCACCGCCAACGGGCUCUUCCGCCACGUUCUCAUCAUCUCCACUGGAUCCGGAUGCCAGUCUUUCACAAGACGACGCCAAUGUACUGCAUAAUGCCCACAUUUUACCUAUCGCGCCAUCAAACUCGGCCACUGUGGGCGUUGCUUCAUUGGCGGCUGCCAUCGCCAUCAAUCAGCUCCCUACAGAGGUCGCAACAUCUAGUCCUAGACGACCUCUGGCAGAUACGUCGGCCGGGAAAGGCCAAGAUUCUCCGAGCAAAAGUGGCGGCGUGCCCUUGAAGCCGAGUAGUCCAACCAUGGCUACGCCGCGGGUGAAGAUAUAUGAUGAUGCUCGACCUGGAACAGACCAACCACAAACACCGGCCGAUGUGAUCAGGCCAUCACACCGCUUCCGAGGCCGCUCAGAUGUCGUUACACAAGCCUCCAUGGCUGCUUUAGUCCAGGCCGCUCCCCCUCCACCACCCGUGCAACGUCAGCAGAACCGACAUACCUAUCCUUCAGCUGCUACGCCAGCGGCACAUGCCUCGCCACCUGCUCAGGCUCUGCAUGCCCUCCGUAACGCUGCCUCAACGGCUGCACAUCAGAUCUUGCAGCAUGCACGUAUCCAUCGACAUAGACCAAGCUCUGACGAGAAUGGCGAUCGUGACUUGCAUGCUUUCGAAGAAGAGCGGCGAGUGUGGGUUGAGCGGCAGGAUGCUGUGAAGAGGCUUGCAUAG